UAUGAACCGUUGCCUUCAGAUGGAUCUCAGAUCCGUCUCGUAACGAUAAUCUCCGCCAAGAAGGAGGAAGAGAUCGAGUGUGUGAUAGCGCACUUUCCCUUCACCAAGGAAGCCGUAGAUAACCUGAAAUAUGAAGCAUUUUCCUACGUUUGGGGUGACGCGACCGUCACCGCUCCCAUCAAACUCAAUGGGCAAACAUUUCACGCAACGAAGAAUCUCGAGGCUGCUCUGCGCAUAUUGCGGCUUCAAAAUGAAGAACGACUCAUAUGGAUUGAUGCGAUAUGCAUCAACCAGUCCAGCAUUGAAGAGCGAAAUCAAGAAGUUCGCCACAUGGAUCAGAUCUAUCAGUACGCUGUGCGUGCCGUGUCUGGCUUG